GUAUCCGUAAUUCCAUUUACAGUACUUCCCAUUCCAGCUCCGAAUUACAAGUACCUCAACGUGGUCACACCAUGACACCUGGGUCGCCAGUCAAUUCUCAGCUUGUCAGCUAAGCGCCACAGGCACAGUACAGGGCAGCCUAAAUUAGUCCCAAGGACUUCUGGGUAGUCGCUUUAGGCGCGUGAUACGUUUCUUUCGCAAUUUCGACACAACGCCCAAGGGCGCGCGGGAUAUCUUGGCUCUGGUUGCAGGCGCCGGGCGUGCAUCCGGGCCUGGCAAACAACGCAGAUCCUGAGGGGGAAAAAAAUAUGUUUCCCUACCGAGGGAAACAUGCCGAUUGUCAUUUUACCGCCCUGUGAUGGUUCGCCCCCGAAGCACAACCUUUAGCCCAACAUGCUGACAUUUUUAGCUGCGUCCCUUACUUUUGUGUCACCCAAGACAAGCCCCUUAAUACCAACCGAGACAAUGUCUAGUACAUGUGCAGCCAACUCAUCAAUCCGAGGCACAGCAUUCAGGGGCAGGCACAGUAACUCUGGUGGCACAGUCGCUGAUCCCAUAAUCGCAGUAGUGUAAUAUUCUUGAUAUAACAUAAAACAACAAGGCCCUCCCUCUCUUGCGACUUCAACACGACCAGCUUUGAUACAUCAAGUUAUUCUCUUCUCAGUCUCUCCUUCACUUAGCUUUUUGCUGGGCAUUUGUGCCGAAUCUUUUCCAACACCACCAUCAUUAUGAAGCUCAUGCCACAAAUUGCCGCGCUGGCGCUGGCCUCAAGUGCCAAGGCCUUCUGGAUCCUCAACUGCGGCAACCCCGUAGUGGUCGAUCGCGUCGAUCCACUCGCAACCCCAGGGCAGAUCCCGGGUCGGCACGUCCACACCGUCAUGGGCGGCAACGCCUUCUCGGCCAACCUGACGACCUAUGAACAGACGCAAAAGUCCACUUGCACGUCGUGCAGUGUCACCAAGGACCUUUCCAACUACUGGUUCCCACAGCUCUUCUUCCGCUUCGACAACGGCAGCUUCGCCGCCGUCAAGAACUCGGGCGGGUCGUUGAUCUACUACCUCCACCGCCACGACAAGAAAGAGCCCGAGUACGCCAAGGGCCUCCAGCCCUUCCCCGAGGGCUUCCGGAUGAUCGCCGGCGAGCCGCUGGCUCGGCAGGCGCGCAACGACACGGACCAGGGCAAGCGCCAAACGAAAGCCGUGUCGUUUGCGUGCCUGCGUGGCGAGCCCACCCCGGCCACCCCCUACCUCCCCAAGAUGAGGUGCAAGAACGGUAUGCGGGCGCAGAUCCACUUCCCGGCCUGCUGGAACGGCAAGGACAAUGACUCUCCGGACCACAAGAGCCACGUAGCCUACCCUUCGGGCGUGGACAAUGGCAUUUGCCCGCCCGGGUUCCCCAAGCGACUCAUCACGCUCUUCUCCGAGGUCAUCUACCAGGUCGACAAGUUCGAUGCGUUCUGGGAUCCCAACGACGCCAGCAAGCCCCAGCCUUUUGUCUUUUCGCACGGAGACCCCACGGGCUACGGGUACCACGGCGACUUCCAGAACGGCUGGGACACGGCGGUGCUCAAGGCGGGCAUCAAGGACUGCAACGAGGGCGUCAGGUCCGUCGAACAGUGCUCGGCGUUCAACGGGCUGGUGCAAAAGGGCGACGCCAUGAAGAAGUGCGUCAACAAACCCCAGGUCGACGAGAAGGUCUUUGGGGUCCUCGGCAGCCUGCCCGGCUGCAACCCGGUGCCGGAGCAGAGCAAGAUUGUUCACCCUGCCAUCAUGGCGACGUGUGCCGCUACGAGCGAAUCUGGGCAACAGGAUAUAACAAAGGACACGGGAGUGCUCAAGGUAUCGAGGGCCGCUCGCCGGAAAGUGAAGCGCAGCAACAACUAGAUCUAAAGCUUGACAGAAAUAUGUGUAGCCUCAUAGAUUAGAAUUGAUUUUUUUAUGUCAGGUAUUGGUUUUUUUCUGCG